AUGGCCUUCAAUGACCUCCUGCAGCAGGUAGGGGCCAUAGGCUGCUUCUAGAAGAUCCAGUCCACUCUGCUGAUCCUCCCCCUGUUCCUGACAAGUUUGCACAGUAUUCUGCAGAACUUCACUGCCGCCAUCCCCGCUCACCACUGCCGCCCACCUGCCGAUGGCAACCUCAGCAAAGACAGGGAGUUGGAGGUGUGGCUGCCCCGGGACAAGCAGGGGCAGCCUGAGUCCUGCCUCCGCUUUACCUUCCCACAAAGGGAACCUCCCUUGCCCAAUGGCACAGAGGCCAAUGGCACCGGGGCCACAGAGCCCUGCACCAAUGGCUGGAUCUAUGACAACAGCACCUUCCCUUCCAACAUUGUAACUGAGUGGGACCUCGUGUGCACACACAAGACCUUGCCCCAGCUGAGUCAAUCCAUUUUCAUGGCAAGGACACUGGUUGGAUCCUUGAUGUUCGGGACCUUGGCAGACAGGCUGGGCCGCCAGAAGGUGCUGAUCUGGACCUACCUGCAGUUAGCAGUGUCAGGGACUUGCACUGCCUUUACACCCAACUUCUCAGCCUACUGCAUUUGCCGUUUCCUCUCGGGCAUGGCUACAUCUCCCAUCAACAGCAACUCGGUGACACUGAGUCUGGAGUGGCUGCCCAUCCAUGCCCGGCCAUGUUUGGGCCUCCUAGUCAGACUUGUCCCCAGCCUGAGCCAGUUCUUUGUAGCUGGAAUGGCUUAUGCCAUGCCCCAAUGGCGCCACCUGCAGCUGUUGGUAUCCUUGCCCUUCUUUGUUUUCUUCAUCUACUCCAGAUUCUUAAUUGAGUCUGCCCUCUGGUACUCCUCCUUGGGAAGACUGGACCUCACCCUGAAGGCAUUUUGGAGAGUGGCCCAGAUCAACGGGAAGCAGGAGGAGGGUGCCAAGCUGAGUAUAGGGCUGCUCCAGAUGAGUCCGCAGAAGGACCUGACCAUGGGCCAAGCCCAGCCCUCGAUGUUGCAGCUGCUGCGCUCUCCUGCUGUUCGCCGCCUCUUCCUCUGCCUCUUACCACCAUGGUUUGCAAACUACUUCAGCAUCUUUGGCUUGGUCAUGAGUCUGCAAAGUUUUGGGAUAAACAUCUACCUGCUCCAGGGGCUCUUUGCGGUUGUGGACCUCCCAUUUUAUUUCCUGGGCUUUUGGACCGUGAAAUCACUGGGCCGCAAGCCUACCCAAAUGGCCUCCUUGCUGCUGUCAGGGAUCUUUAUUCUGGCCUAUGCCGUGAUACCCCUGGACCAGUCAUUCCUCCGCACCACAAUGGCCGUGUUAGGAAAAGGCUGCAUCACUGGCUCCAUAAACUGCUUGUCUAUAUACACAAGUGAACUAUACCCCACAGUAAUGCGGCAAAGAGGUCAAAGCAUGUCAGGAACGUUGGCCAACACAGGCAGCAUCGUGAGCCCACUGGUGGGCAUGACCGCUGAGCUCCACCCCUCCCUGCCUUUCUUCUUCUAUGGAGCGGUCCCUAUGGCUGUCUGCCCCAUCAUUGUCCUCCUGCCAGAGACUAUAGGACAGCCACUGCCCAACACAGUGCUAGACCUGGAAAGAAGUAGGAAAGAGAAAUUGGGGCAGAAGCAGCAGGAGCAGCAGAUGGUCCCGCUCCAGGCUUCCUGA